AUGCCUGGCUCCCGGACCGGCUCCUGCCUGCGGCAGGGACUCUCCAUGAGCUCCUCCCCAGCCCUGGACCCCCGAGCCCCGCCCCUACCUCAGCACCCGAAGACCACCACCCUGACUGGGAAGAAGCUGUGGGCCCGCGAGAGUGAGCAGCUGGCUGUCUUGAGACCCCCCUCCGCGGGGAACCCCCCAUCCCUCGACAGGAACCCCCCCUACUCCUCGGCGGGGACCCCCCAUCCCUCCCUCUGCCUUUCGGUGGGAACCCCCCCACUCCUCGAGGAGACCCCCUCCGCCCUUUGGCGGGAACCCCCACCACCCCUCCGCGGGGACCCCAGCCCACCCCUCCACGGGGAUCCCCCAUCCCUCCGCAGGGACCCCGGGCCCACUCCUCCGCGGGGACCUGCCACCCCUCCGCGGGACCCAGGGCCACCCCUCCGCGGGACCCCCACCACCCCUCCGCGGGACCCCGGCCCACCCCUCCGCGGGGACCCCCCACACCUCCGCGGGGACCCCCCACCCCUCCGCGGGGAACCCGGCCCACCCCUCCGCGGGGAACCCGGCCCACCCCUCCGCGGAACCCGGCCCACCCCUCCGCGGGACCCCGGCCCACCCCUCCGCGGGAACCCGGCCCACCCCUCCGCGGGGACCCCGGCCCACCCCUCCGCGGGGACCCCCCACCCCUCCGCGGGAACCCCCCACCCCUCCGCGGGGACCCCGGCCCACCCCUCCGCGGGGACCCCGGCCCACCCCUCCGCGGGGACCCCCCCACCCCUCCGCGGGGACCCCGGCCCACCCCUCCGCGGGGACCCCGGGCCACCCCUCCGCGGGGACCCCGGGCCACCCCUCCGCGGGGACCCCGGGCCACCCCUCCGCGGGGACCCCCCACCCCUCCGCGAGGACCCCGGCCCACCCCUCCGCGGGAACCCCCCACCCCUCCGCGGGGACCCCGGCCCACCCCUCCGCGGGGACCCCGGCCCACCCCUCCGCGGGGACCCCGGCCCACCCCUCCGCGGGGACCCCCCACCCCUCCGCGGGAACCCCCCACCCCUCCGCGGGGACCCCGGCCCACCCCUCCGCGGGGACCCCGGCCCACCCCUCCGCGGGGACCCCGGCCCACCCCUCCGCGGGAACCCCCCCACCCCUCCGCGGGGAACCCCCCACCCCUCCGCGGGGACCCCCCACCCCUCCGCGGGGACCCCCCCACUCCUCCGCGGGGACCCCCCCACCCCUCCGCGGGGACCCGGCCCACCCCUCCGCGGGACCCCCCACCCCUCCGCGGGGACCCCCCACCCCUCCGCGGGACCCCCCACCCCUCCGCGGGACCCCCCACCCCUCCGCGGGGACCCCCCCACCCCUCCGCGGGGACCCCCCCCACCCCUCCGCGGGGACCCGGCCCACCCCUCCGCGGGGAUCCCCCACCUCUCCGCGGGGACCCGGCCCACCCCUCCGCGGGGACCCCCCACCCCUCCGCGGGGAUCCCCCACUCCUCCGCGGGGACCCCCCCCACCCCUCCGCGGGGACCCCCCACUCCUCCGCGGGGACUCCCCACCCCUCCGCGGGACCCCGGGCCACCCCUCCGCGGGGACCCCGGCCCACCCCUCCGCGGGGACCCCCCCACCCCUCCGCGGGGACCCGGCCCACCCCUCCGCGGGGACCCCCCACCCCUCCGCGGGACCCCCCACCCCUCCGCGGGGACCCCCCACCCCUCCGCGGGGACCCGGCCCACCCCUCCGCGGGGACCCCCCACCCCUCCGCGGGGACCCGGCCCAGGAUCCUCCCUCCGGGGUCCAGGCGCCCUUCCCUCCCGAGACUGUCGGGGCGCCGCCCGCCUCGCGUACUCACCGGCGCAAGUACUGGGGUCGCCGGCGCGAGGACGGGGCGCCGACCCCUUCCGCGCCGCCGCCCGCCCGCUCCGCCCGGGAGCCCGUCCGCGCCUGGGCGGCCGACGGCCGGACCUUCCGCCGCGCCGGGCCGCGACCCUCGAGGGCCGGCCGCCCCGACCGUCGCCUCCACGCGCGCUCGCGCCGGCGCCCCCGCGCCUCCCCCCGCCUUCUGCUCCCUCUUCCUGCGCCACCCCGCCCCCGCUCCCCGCCCCCAGCCCGGCUGUCGCCCCGGCCCCCUCAGGCUUCUCCCCGCGCCAGCCCGCAUCGCGCCUCCGCCUCCUCCCCCCCAUCGACCCCGCCGCCGGCCAAUCGGCGACGGGAGCUGGCCUUCGGGCUCCGCCCCUGGUCCCGCCCAGCGCCCCCGCCUCCGGAACCCACCAAUAAGAAGGGCGGCGCAGGAACGGGCCUGGCGGUUGCCUAG